AUGGAUUCUCAAGAGACCGACCAGGCAGAUGUCAUCUUCGAAACUACGGUCGCAACUGAAAGAUGCUUGAACUUAGUUUAUGCGGUAAGAGGAAGAAGUUAAGUAGCCCCACCUGAUGGACGCAAUAGUGUUGGGGUUACGGUUAGGAGUCAGGGUUAGGGGUUAUGGCUAGGGAUUAGGAUUGGGGAUAAAGGCUAGGGUGGGAGUUGGGGGUUAAAGUUAAGGUUAGUGAUUAGGGCAUCUAUUUAUAGACCACUCAAAGUACAACCACGCAUUCCUUAUAGCUUUUCUUUUGCAUACAACUACUUGAAUUCGUCGCCUAUGCGUUCCCCGGCCCCAUGUGCAAAAAUCUAUCUCACCACUGAUUUCGUAUUACAGGUGGCUGGGGUUUGGUUACUUCAGAUGGAGCUAUAUAUUCACAUCAGACUGUCUAUUCCGCUAAUGGGAGAGACUACUAUAACAAUAGUUUUGUGUCGUCCGGCGCGAUGUAGGACGUGUUGGGCGCUUUCUUAGAAGAAGAAGAAGAAGAAGAAGAAGAAGAAGAAGAAGAGGGAGGAGGAGGAGGAGGAGGAGAAGAAAAAAGAAGAAGUUGACGAAGACGACGACGACGACGACGAUGAUGAUGAUGAUGAUGAUGAUGAUGAUGAUGAUGAUGAUGAUGAUGAUGAUGAUGAUGAUGAUGAUGAUGAUGAUGAUGAUGAUGAUAAGGCAAUCACUGGAUCAAGAAUUUUAUCGGCCUGA